CUCUCAUGUCGGCUACAACGUCCUUGACGAGAAUACUGAUGAAAUCUCAUCACAUACGAAUACCCAACUAUGACAUGCCAAUUCGAUUCCGGCCAUGGUUUCUCGUUUUCACGGUCAUCAUCAUCAUCCUCCUCGCCUUCCUGGGUUUCACCAAAUUUUCUCAGUCUUUGCCUCUCAACGACAAGCUUCUACACUUCCUAUGCUUCUCCCUGGCUACUGGUGUCUUCUACUUUAUCUUCGAUGUCGAAGAACAUGCCAAGAGAAUAUGGUUUUGGAAGCAUUCACCCCUGAUUUUCACCUUAUUUCUCUGCUUUCUCUGUGGGGGGAUUCUCAGUGAAUUCGUGCAGUCAGCCCUUCCAUACAAAGAAUUUCAAAUUGGUGAUAUCAUUGCUAAUCUACUCGGCUCAUCUGUGGGAUUAUGCGCUUCCUAUUACAUGGAAAGAUACUAUCGACGUCGGCGUGAGAUUGCUCGCCUCUACCAGCCGCUGAACUUGGAUUCAGCGUAUGACCAAGAUGAUGAGGAAGAGGAGCUAUACAACACACAACUUCUACCAAUGCACCAUCAGAACGCCAUGACACAACCAAAAGCGAACAAAGGAAAGUCAGUGCAUUUCAAAGAUGUUUGGGAUGAGCAGGAAGAGCUAUUUGGCAUUGGCUCUGAUACCGACGAGGAAGCUGAGGCCAGCGUAGCUGCAAGUAACGGUCAUAAGCCGUCCAAAGGAAGGUCUUAACAUACCGCCGUUCACCCAUAGAAAUGUUCGGAAAGACAUACUGGGGUGCGCAGAUCUGGUAUCUGGCGAAAGUGUCAUGUUUUUUUGGC